AUGCAAGAAGCGGUAAGCGAAACUACACAUGCAGACAAUAAAUUUAGCGACCUAUAUUUGGCAUGUGAAGCAAACGAUUCUGAGUGGGUGAAGAAGAUUUUGAGGAACUCUAACGUAUCGUUUGCGUCGCUCAAUGAUAUUGAGUCAAACGGCAGUACUGCUCUUCAUGUGGCAGUGGAACUUGGACAUGAAGCUAUCAUUCGAAUGCUUCUAGAUGAUUUUGGGGUUAUUCGUCAUCGACCAAAUCGUGACGGCUUAACAGCUUAUGAACUCGCCAAAAAUGAAAGCGUACAACAACUGUUUCACCGACCGUUACCAGACAGACUCUUGCGUUACGCACAAAGCGUGUCGGAACAAGAUGAUUUUCAGUUGUACCAAAUUGACUCCGAGGAUGAAAAUCAAACAGGUGUCAGUGAGCGAACUGAUGAUCAAUAUGGUGACACGAAUGAAGAACAAUCCGUGAAUCAAUCCAACGAUGUCAAGGACAAUAUCAGAAAUCAAUACAUAAGCAGUUAUUCGUCACCAAUUGAAAUAGCUAUGUGCGACGAAUAUCGGGUAUUAAAAGAAAAACUGAAAAACAGUGCUGGUAAUGGUAAUAACAGUCAAGGUGGUAAAACAAGAGAUGUACUUGAUGCAGAAGAAAAUGAAAAUGACGAUCAGGAACAUAGACAACAAGGUUCAUCGUUAAGUGCACAACCAAUUACACAAACACGAAUGAUCGUGGCAAGUAUUUUUGAAAAUAUGUUUAAAGAUUUUCAAAAUAGUAAUUGGACUAUUGAUGUUGAUCGAAUAUCAUUAAAUAUAGAUGGAGAUGAUUUUCUGGCAUUACUACUGUUACCACCAAAUGAUGGGACAGAGAGAGAAACAACAACAGCGGUUGACGCACUAAUGACAACAACCAAUGAUUUAACAUCGACUGGAAAUAAUUUAUUUGAAGAUAAAGAAAAUGUAACUGAUGGCGACCUAGGCAUUGUGGAAACGACGACAACAACAUUUGAUCGUGCUACAUUAGCUGAACAAAGUUCAAACAAUACUGGUAAAGUGGUUACCAAUAUGUCUGAUGUUUUUGUUUGGUUUAAAAACUGA